GGACCGUGGCUGGAGCCGCCCCCCUGCCCCGCUGAGCGCACAUGUCCGCCUGCCCAUGCCCAGAAGAUGACCAGGCUGCUCUUGGGGGUGACCCUGGAAAGGAUUUGCAAGGCCGUGCUGCUGCUCUGCCUGCUCCACUUCGUCAUCAUCAUGAUCCUCUACUUUGACGUCUACGCGCAGCACCUGGACUUCUUCAGCCGCUUCAACGCCAGGAAUGCCUCGCGUGCCCACCCCUUCUCCAACUCCUCCCGCCCCAACGGCACCGUCCCCAGCUACGGGCCGGCCGGGGGUGAGGCCCCGUCCCCCAGCGCCAAGCCCAGCGCCAACCAGUCUGCCACCGAGAAGCCCUUGCAGCCCUGCCAGGAGAUGCCUCCCGGCUUAGUCGGGCGCUUGCUCAUCGAGUUCAGCUCUCCCAUGAGCAUGGAACGGGUGCAGCGGGAGAACCCUGACGUGCGCCAGGGCGGCAAGUACACCCCUCCAGACUGCCUGCCCCGGCAGAAGGUGGCCAUCCUCAUCCCCUUCCGGCACCGUGAACACCACCUCAAGUACUGGCUGCACUACCUGCACCCCAUCCUGCGCCGGCAGAAGGUGGCUUAUGGCAUCUACAUCGUCAACCAGUUUGGUGAAGACACCUUCAACCGGGCCAAACUGCUCAACGUGGGGUUCCUGGAGGCCCUCAAGGAUGACGAGGAGUACGACUGCUUCAUCUUCAGUGACGUGGACCUCAUCCCCAUGGACGACCGCAACCUCUAUCGCUGCUACGAGCAGCCGCGGCACUUUGCCGUUGGCAUGGACAAGUUUGGGUUCAGGCUGCCCUACGCUGGCUACUUUGGUGGUGUCUCUGGGCUGAGCAAGUCCCAGUUCCUGAAGAUCAACGGCUUUCCCAACGAGUACUGGGGCUGGGGAGGAGAGGACGAUGACAUCUUUAACCGCAUCUCCCUGAAUGGUAUGAAGGUGUCGAGGCCCGACAUCCGCAUCGGGAGGUACCGCAUGAUCAAGCACGAACGUGACAAACACAACGAGCCCAACCCGCAGAGAUUCACCAAGAUCCAGAACACCAAAAUGACGAUGAAGCGGGACGGGAUCAGCUCACUGCAGUACCGGCUGGUGGAGGUCUCGCGCCAACCCAUGUACACCAACAUCACGGUGGAGAUCGGCAGGCCGCCCCCCCGCCUCCGGGCUGGCUGGGCACGGCAGGGUUUGCCCCGGCUCAAGAGCCAGGACUGGAUGGGGAUGUUUUCUGCCUACUCUGCUGCCUUCUGGAGACGGCCGCCCCCCAACUCCCCCCUCAGUCCCCAGGAGUUCUCUGUUCCCCCCGUCCCCACGAGUGUGUUUGCAGGACCCCCGCCCCAUACUCGGUGUGUUGGCGGACGAGCCCGGCCGCCCCGCAUGCGGCUCCUGGUGCAGAGGGAAGGGGCAGCCCUAGCCCUGGCGAGGAGCCCCCUGCCUGUGCCAGCUGCUGCCUGCACCCUGGGCAGGGAGGGUGAGAUCCUGCUGCUCCGGGAGAGCUGGGGGGGUCCCCACCAGCGCUGCGAGAAGUGGGGUGCAGGCUUCCCCCUUCGCCAGCACUGGAGCCACUGCUGCCCUGGCUGA